UAGCUACCGGAAGUAUACUCGUCGGUAAACAGAAGAAAUCCGAAGAUAAAGCUUCGAUGAAAACGGGGUUUUAUGUUCCAAGAAAUCCAUAGAAUCAAUUAAUUGCGAAAAGAAAAGGUUCAGAAUGCCAGGUGAACAGCCCAUGGCAGUGCAACCAGAAGAAGUGAACUUCAAGGAGAAGUAUCGCUCUCUCAAGCGGAAAAUGAGAUUCCUCAUUUAUGAGCAAGAGUGUUUCCAGGAGGAGCUGAGAAGAGCUCAGAGAAAGCUCCUGAAGAUCUCUAGAGACAAGAACUUUCUUCUAGACAGACUGCUGCAGUAUGAAAGGGUUAUUGAUCCUGGUACCGAUUCAGAUUCUACCCUCUCCUCAGAAGAUAGUUGUAAGGAGACCAAAAAGGAGCAGGAGAAGAAGGUCGUGAAGAAGAAGAGACGAGCCAAGAAGAAACCAACCAAGAAACUUAUGGGUACACCGGUCCUAGGAGCCAGCAGAGAUCCUCUACCUCAUGACCUUCGCACCUUACCUCCUUCUCUUCAUCAGCAACUACCGCACUUGGCAGAGCUCAUUCGUAAAGCCUCUGAAGGACUCCCGAUCACACAUCAACCAGGAAUGCAAAUGCCAGGUAUGCCGACUACAGGCCCGGACCAACAGCAGCAGCAGCACCAACCCCCACUCCAGUCCCCCCUCUCCCUCCUAUCCCCACACCACCAGCUCCCCCACCCUGCCCUCCUCUCCCCCACCGUAGGGAUGGGCCUCCCCCUCGCCAACAUGGCCCAUGUCUUCGACCCCCGCGCCUUCGACAGGAGCAUGCAGCACCACCACCUGCCCCCUCAGCCGUCACCUUACUCCCUGCCUGGUCUCCUGGGGAUGGGUCUUGGGGGAGGACCCAUGGGGCUGGGAGGAGAGAUGCCUCAUAUGGACCUCAACGCGCUGACCGCUGCCGCAGCACAGGAUAAGGUUAAUCAAGAGAGAAGCAAGAAGAAAUCCAAGAAGGACACCUCGGACAAACACUCCUCUGGCUCCCAGGGCCCUUCCACAUCUCACCAUCGCAUCCCUCUUCCUCAACCAUCUACCUCAUCAACUCACGACGACAACGAAGACCUGGUCAUCGAUGUCCGUGAUUCCAAGAUAUAGGGUUUUGAAUAAUUAGGAAUAGUCUGCAUUUUAUCUCCCUUAACCCAUAAGCAACUAGAGAUCUUGUAAAAAUGGCCUAUUACUAACUGGAAGAUGUUGCAAUAUUGCUCUCAUUUUUACAUUUUUCUGAACAUUUAUGAAACAUGCGCUAUUUUCUAUGCAGAAUCCUACUGUAGACAUCGUAAGGAUUACAUGGUUUCGUGAGUAAAAGGAGGGGCGGUUUAGUCGAGUGGAAUGUAGUCGCAAACUGCAGCAUUUGAUAAAGUGAUCUCAUCUUGGCUCCAUGCUAUGAAGAUUUAGGAUUGCUUCGGAUCAGUGAAUUUCUAACUAAGUCGCAAGUGUGUCAUAACAGAUAGGCCAUUGUAAAAUUGCUAUUGAUAUACUUGUGAUUGGUUCAGAUAUUUGUAACUUGACCCAGAUCAAACAGUUAAAUGGUCAUCUAUCAUGGACCUUGCUAGUCAGGACAGGCACGCACCGAAGUCAUUAUUCAGAUUCUUCUGCAUGUAUGUUGAAGAUAGAAAGAGUAGAUCCUAGAUAAGGGAAAUAUUAAAUGAUUAGUUUGAUGCAUUCGUAGUGAGACUUGGCACACAGUAUUUCACAAAAUAAGAUAAGAACUUGCAGAACUGUAGAUGUUUUGUCUGUAAAGCUUGUGCAGCCUAGGGCAAACUUUUUUUCUUCUCUCAAUGUCAUGGUAAAGGCCAACAUUACAUCAUUAAUCUUAACUCAUUUCAAGUACUGCCUUAAUUACUUAAAUGAAUGUAUAUCUCACGGAAACCAACUAAGUGCUAUGUACUUUUGGUGUGGAUAUUACUUGCAUAUCUUAUCAUGUAUUUCACAAACGUCCUACUCUAUCUUCUUUUAAAUUGUUUUCUUGAAUGUUUUAUGUGUACAGUCGGUGUUAAAAGCUGGUUAGUAUUCAACAUAUUUAUGGAUCAGAUAAUGGUUCAUUGUACUUGUUUAAAAGAUAGAUUGAAAAAGCAGGGACUCCUGUUUUCAGGCAAAAGCCUGAAAUCUGGCCCUGGCAAUUUAUUUUCAGACCAUAGUUUAGGUCUUUUGUGUACAAAAUACUUGUAGCUCAUUCUAGGGGAUUUUAAAGCUUUAAAGUUAUCAAUUUAUGUGAUACACAUAACACACAUAUAAACCUCAAAAUUAACCCAAAGGUACAUCUACAUGGUAAAAAAUACAUGUUCAUGUAUAAAUAUAAGUUACUGGUAGUUAUUUCAAAGAAUUCAUUUAAUAAAGAGCAAAAUUUAUAAUCUCUCUACCUCAGAAGAAAUUAAAAAAUAGAAGUAAAUCAAAGCCACACUAUCGAACGAUACUGUGAUACCAAAAUAUAUAUAUUUUUUACACUAUACAUGUAUACCAAUAAAUCAAAUCAAAUCAAAUAUCUAUACAUAUGUACAUUUAUACAAGUAAUUAUAAACAAAAUACAUUUUACACGUCUGUGGUUAAAACAUUGAAAUGAAUAUUCAGAAGGUAUUGUAGGAACUAUAUUUUUGCUAGGUCAUUGUAUUUUUAUUGAUUUAUUUUUCAAUAUGGCACUUCUAGUAUUGCACUACAGAACAGAUCAAUAGUUUUAUCAUGAAAACACACAGUAUACAUACAAAUUGGUAUUGGCAAUGUCAAACUGAUAAAAUGGCAACCUGAUUUAUUCAUAUAAAGUUGCUAAGUCCAAAUAAUGUCCAGCAAAUUACCAAUUAAAUUAAAGAUUGAAAAUAAAUAUCCCUUCACCCAAGGAGAAACUUGGAAAACAAAAAUUAUUUCAGAAGGGAGGUACAUUCCAAUACAUUAGAUGAUCAGAUAGAUAGAUAGAAAGGUUUUAUUGAACAAAUUCCAUCGUCGCAGUCUUACAACUGAAUUGCCAUUGGAAUACAAUUGAAAAGUACAUGUAUUUACAAGUUAAAAGUACAAUAGUCUUAGGACUAUGACAUAAUAUAUAUAUAAAAAUAUCAUAUUAAAAACUCUAUAUCAAAAUUCAAUGAGUAUGGAGAGAAAGAAAGGAUGACUUGAGGAAUAUGAGCAAGGAGCAAGAAUCAACAAAAGGUGAGAGAAGAAUGAAAGGAAAAGAAAGGAAGGGUAAGUAAGAGGAAUAUAUCAAGAAAGAUGAGGUGAAAAACAUGUGUAAUGAGCCUUCUUUUGAUUAGCUUUAAAAUGUAGAGAUCCUCAUGGCGUGUAUAAACCACCAAUAUAUAAAACAUGUAUACAAAUUAUUAAAUUAAAAGUUUGACAGGAAACAUCAGGUAUUGUAGUAUUGUAGUUAUGAAACUCUCCAGGUGGUCAAAUUCAAACAUAGUACAAUUGUGAAAUUAAGUAUGAUCAAAGAUAUCAGUCGUGCUAAACGUACAGUGAAUUAAAAAGACUCGAGGCUAGUGAAUAGAAAGUCCCGAAAUAGGCGGAGGAGGACAUUAGGAUUAGAUUACAGUGUAAAGAUUAAAGCGUUCCAGUAUGAAUUAA